AUGGGAUACGGAGGCUUGCCUUCAACUGGGAACACCACUGCAAGGCCACGAGGGGCGAUUUCAGCCCUUGCAUUCUCACCAAAUGGCUUGAAAAUUGUCUCUGGCUCACAACUGGGAGAGCCACUCCGAGGUCAUGAGGGCCCCGUCAAAGCGAUCGCAAUUUCGGCGGACGGGACACGAAUUGUAUCUGGCUCGUACGACCAGACGAUUCGACCAUGGGAUAUACAAACUGGUCGACAGAUGGGAGAGCCGCUCUGCGGCCACAAUAAUGGUGUCAUCGCCGUUGAUUUCUCCCCAGAUGGCUCACACAUUUUCUCCGGUGAUAGAGACGGGAGAAUCCACCUAUGGAGUACAGAAACCGGCGAGACACAGAGAGAGUUACUCCUAGGUGAUGGUAACGGUGCGAUUCGGCUAUGGGAUGCAGAAACUGGCCAGCAGCUGGGAGAACCAAAUCCAUCUAAAGGAAACUGGGUGGAUAUUAUCAGCACUGUCGCGUUCUCGCCGGACGGCUCACGCAUUGCUUCUAUUUCAGAAGGCACCAUGAUUCUACAGUGGGACGCAAAAACUCACCGACAGUUGGGAGGACCACUCAAGUGUCAUAACUAUGACAUUUUAUCUGUCGCCUUUUCCCCAGAUGGGUCACGCAUCGUCUCUGGCUCACGCCGCUCCUCUGCCACCUUUCGACGUUUCGGCGGUGAAAUCUGCCUAUGGGAUGCAGCAACGGGCCAGAAACUGGGAGAGACACUCUUCGGUCACAAACAUUCCGUGAAUGUUGUCUUGUUUUCGCCAGACGGCUCAAGAAUCGCCUCUGGUUCAAGCGACAGGACAAUUCGACUUUGGGAUGCAAAUUACGAUGCACACGCAGGCGACCUCCGGAAGGAUAGCCUUGUGCCUUUACCGGAUGAUAUAUUCAUGGCGCGUUUGAGGAUUCGUGUCCCUGGAUUCGAAUCUUGCUGGCUCUCGGACGAUGGCUGGGUGCAAUCCUACGGUAAACUUCUCUUUUGGGUACCGCCAAACAAUCGCCAUGGACUCGAGUAUCCAUCAUCCCUUCUGGCUAUCCCCACCACAAGUCCGCUGCGCGUUACCCGACUUGAUUUCAGCCGGUUUCAAUGUGGCUCCUCUUGGACAAAUGUUCGGAAAGAGGCCAGUCUAUGA